AUGUUGACGUCUUUCAUCUCCCAUGUCUUGAGUGCUUGGUUUGCGUUCCUACUACCCAGCUAUGGCACAUGGAAGGCACUCACGCACCGUCCUGUCUCCGAGCCGGAUCUCGAGAGGUGGUGCAUGUAUUGGGCCGUGGUCGGCGCCUUCGUUGCGGUUGAGUAUGUGACGGGAUUCAUUCUGGACUGGGUCCCGUUCUACUGGGAGGCACGCACCGUCUUCCUGCUCUUCCUUUCGCUUCCCCAGACGCAGGGCUCUACUUGGGUGUACCAAACCUAUUUUCAUCCCUUCUUGACCAAGAACCAGGCCGAUAUCGACGCGAGCCUCGCGGCGGCGCAGAGCAACGCUCUCUCGUUCAUACAGUCUCGCCUCCAGGUCUUCUGGCAGACCUUCUGGGAUCUCGCCACCAAGAACCAGGCACGUGCCCCCACAGGCGCCUCUGGUGCUGCCCCUUCUGCUCCCCAGCAGCCUGCCGGUGCGGCCAACUACGCGGAGCUUGCCCGCGGCCUGUGGGCCUCUUACGGCUCUUCGUUGAUCGGCGCGGUCCAGCAGGCUGCGCGUCCCGCUACUGGUGCGCAGGCUGGGGCUGCCGCGGCCAGCCGCCCUGCUCCUACCCCCUACGAUGUCGGUUCGUCCAGCGGUGUCCAAACUCACCAGAACUCUUUCUCGUCGGAGAUGGUCAACAAUUUCUCGCCUUCGUCGUCGGCUUCUAACGUUUCCCCUCCGUUCCCCGAGCCACAGGUCGCUGCUGCAUGA